CCAUCCCUGCAGCACCAGACCUCAGCCCCAGCAAGAUGAAAACCGACCUGGAGCUCGCCCUGGAGUGUGCCAUCAACAUCUACCACCAGUACGCCAUAAAGAACCCCAUCGAUGACUACCUGGACAAGCCGGAGUUCUCCCAGCUGCUGAAGGAGACUGCCAAGCCCUUCCUCCACAACACCACACCGCCCAACGUGUCCAUCGAUGAGCACAUCAACAGCCUCUUUGCCAAAGCCGACAGCAACCACGACGGUCGCCUCAAGUUCACCGAGUUCCUGACCACACUGAAUCUGGUCGUCAUUGAUGCCCAUAAUAGGUCCCAUGGGAAACAUGACCACCAUCAUGGUGCCGGUCAUGGGCAUGACCAUGGCCAUGAUCAUGGGCACGACCACGGCCACGACCAUGGCCACGGGCCCAGAAAGUGAAGUGCUCCCCAUGACUGAGCCCAUGGGAUUAUGCUUUUCCAUCAGCAUUAUCCCUUCCAUCUGUCCUCCAGCACAGACAAACCUGUAACCAAAGCUUUAGCAUUUGCUCCUACCUAUGGCAAUGAAAUAAAAUGUCUUUCUUCAAGCACCAAA